GAGGGGUGGAAGGCCAGGGGGCAGCACGGGGUGAGGGCCCCUCACUGCAUGGCGGGUUACAGGGGCCACCACUCCCUGGCUUGGGCUGAGCUGGCUUUACAGUAGGUCCUACAAUAACCAGCACUUCCGCGAAACCGGACCUCAACAAACCAGCCCCGCCCCAGCGCCUGGGGAGACCCUACCAUAACCAAACCAUCCCACCCCACUUUUGAUCUGGGAGACCCUACAAUAACAAAGGGCACCCAGACCCAGGGAGCAGACAAAGGAGCGAAAGGGAAGGCAGCUGAUGGGGGUAGGGGCUGGUUUCUUUGGGUCUCCCCGUCCCCCUCCAAGGGGUUGACCCCCUGGCCCCGAUCCCGGGGUGGGGAAGGUUCAUUAGCCAGAGCCGCUAAUCAGCUGGCCUGGAGGAUUAAGUGGACAGGCUGGUGAGUCACGUGACUGGCUCCCAGCUGGGAUCCCACCCCCCCUCGGCUCAGCCGCUCUGGCUCCGAGAUGGGCUGGCGAGGGACGGACAGACGGACGAAGCCACCGCCACAGAGAGAACCCAGGCGUCCUGGCUCCCAGCCUCCCCUGCUCUAACCCACCAGACCCCACUCCCGUCCCAGAGAACCCAGGCGUCCUGGCUCCCAGCCUCCCCUGCUCUAACCCACCAGACCCCACUCCCGUCCCAGAGAACCCAGGCGUCCUGGCUCCCAGCCUCCCCUGCUCUAACCCACCAGACCCCACUCCCCUCCCAGAGAACCCAGGCGUCCUGGCUCCCAGUCCCCCAGCCCGCUCUGACCCAUGACCUCCCUGGUUGCCUCCCCUCCCCCUGGUGCCCCCGAGGAUCCUGCCCUGGGCCUGGCCCCACGGCUGCCCCGGCCCUUCCUCCGCAGCCUCCGGACCCUCUUCGAGAUCCUGGACGAGCAGCGGAGUGGGGCCGUGCACCUGUCGGAGAUCGAGAGCCGCUGGGGCCGGGGGGGCCCGGGCCUGAGCCCCCCGGGGGGCCCACAGCAUGAGCUCCUGCCCCCCGGGGUGCUGCCUGCCCUGCAGCAGGUGGCGGGGCCCAGCGGCGGGUUCCUGAGCUUCCCCCGCCUAGUGGCGGGGCUGAGAAUCGCGCUGCUCCGGGACCAGGAGGAGGAGCAGGGGCCCAGGGCGGAGGCGGCUGAGACUGGACACAACUCGGCGCAGGAGAGGACGAGCGGGGGCCAGACACGCGAGGGGGAGCCGAGGGGCGUGACCCGAUCUCGCAGCAUCAACAGCGCCCUGAGCCAGGCGGGGCAGCCCCGGAGCCUCCGAGUCCCGAAGGAGCCGCGACGCCACACGAUCACCCACGGCAUCGACUAUGGGGCGAGCCGGGGAGAGAACCCAGGCGUCCGGGCGCCCCGCCCCCCGCUGACCCCCAUCUGCCCCCAGCUGCAGCGCCGGCAGGCCCAGGAGCGGGAGCGGGACGCGCUGCUGCAGGGGCUGGAUCUCGCCGAGCGCCUGCGGGGCUGGUACCGGCGCCACCUGCUGGAGGCCCAGCGCAAGCAGGAGCAGGUGGGGGCGGAGCCGGAUUAUUUCCCGGAUUCCUGCCCCAAUCAGAGCUGCCUCCUGCUGGCCAAGAUCCAGGAGGUGAAUCUCGGGCUGCGAAACCUACUAGCCAGCCCUGGAAAGGCUGACCCUCCCCCCUGCUUCCCCUCCAGCCGGUUUGGGGCCCCCCUCGUGCAAGUGGGGAAGCAGCAGGCAUUGCAGCAGCAAGCCGUGAGCGUGCUGAAGGAGCAGAACCGGCUCCUCAUCAAGGAGGUGUCGGAGAAGAGCGACCGCAUCGCCCAGCUGGAGCAGGAGAAGGUGGCUCUGUGCAGGCAACUCCAGGAGAGCCGGGGCUACCGGCUGCCCAGCCACAAGGAGUCCACCUUCAUCUGACGGAUGAGGUCACUUCCUCCCGCGGACCUACGUGACAGUCACUUCCUGUCUCACACCAGCCGGACCCAAGUCACUUCCUUCUGAGAGAAAAGAUGUAAUUUUCUCCCAGUGCAAUGACAUCACUUCCUGUCGUUCUCCCAGGGCCAGUGAGGUCACUUCCUUCUGCUCCACCCCCCCCAAUGCACAAUGAAGUCAUUUCCUGCUGGACCUGGAAGCAACUAGCUCACUUCCUCCUCCGGUCCUAUUCUGUCAUUUCUUCCUUCCUGUCAGUGGUCCAUGAUGUCACACUCCUGAUGGUAUGACAUCAUCUUCAGACUCUGCUGACAUCACUUCCUCUUCAGAGCCUUUAGUGUCACUUCCUCUCCCUCCUCCUCGCCGUUUCUGAUGAUGUCACUGACUUCUUCACUUCCUGUCCCUUCUUCCGCCAACCCUUGUGUGGUUGCUUCCUGGUCAAUUCCAACCCCAUCCCACCCUCUGAGGUCACGGCCUUUCUCGUGGACACACACACACACCAUGAUGUCACACUCCUGGCAUCUGGGAGCCUCCAGGUGACAUCACUUCCCAUUUUGACAGGCUGGUCUCCCAGACUGGGGAGUGGGGGGAACAACAGUGAAGGAUUAUGGGUAACAAGAGGUCUAAUAACCGACUGUCCAAAGAGGCUUUUAAUGGGGAAUACCCACACUGCUUUGCACCAGCAUGACCUUUGGCUAUAGAUCUAUGGGGUCCCCACCCCACCCCGCACACACACGCGUACACACACCCAUCAACCCGUACUUUUACUCGUGUGCAUUUUCAGGGUUCCCUGGGGGGUGUGACAUAUUGUCUCUGUCUAAGUGCCCUCUAGUGGCUGGAUUCAGCCCUGCACGUGUGUCAUUAGCCCUCUAGAGCUAAAAGCUGAUGGGGAUUCUCCUUCCACCACCUUCCUUUACCCACAGCAUCCCUUUGACAACACAUAGCGUGAGCUUUAACCUCUGUGUUAGCCCCCGUCCUCCCCCACUUCAGACAAUGGAUGUGGGGGGGAGACUCCUCCGAGAUAUUUAUUCUAACGGCUGUAAAUAAAUUGAUUGCAAUUAAUAUAAUAAACUUGGUCAAAAGGAAAGGACAGAA